UGCAGCCUUUUUCAGUGCUUUUAAGCAAUCUUAACUGAUAGAAAUACAUAAAAUAUUCCCAGCAGGUGUACUUGAUGUUCAAGACUUAUGAGGUCAACAACAUAUGUAACAAUUUCACCAAAAUAUCAAUCAUAUUAAGCAGAAGAUUAUUUAUUUUUUGUCCACCCCAGAACCCCUCAGAGCUGUCGGAUGAGGAGCUAAAUGAUGACCUGUUACAAAGUGAUGAAGAAGACCAAAAUGCAAGUGGUCAGGGUGACGUUGUGAGUUUAAAUGCCACACUGGGUCUGGGUACGUCUGGGCACCUUCAAGAUGAAGACCCUGAUGGAGGUGGAUACACUGAAUACACCUAUGAAGAGACAGAGCGGGGCCAACCGGGUUUCUCUCAGGGUGAGGAAUAUGAGGGAGAUGAGUACCAAGGGGAAGAUGAAGAGGUGGAAUACACAGGAAACCAGAAUUGUGAUGAAUAUCAAGAUGAAGUGCUGGACCUACAGAUCGACGAGCCACUGGAUGAUGAUUUUCAAGUGGAUGAAUACCCGACUGUGUAUAGGGAAGAGCAGACUGACCGACAAGAAGUGCCUGAGGAGGAGGAAACUGAGGAGCAGGACCGCUCUCAGGUCAAAGAAUUAGAGGAGGUAAAGAAUGGCUGCUUCAGAUAA